AUGACGCUGACACGGGAGGAGCGACAUGAGCUACAUCAGUUAAAUCCCAAAGUGAACCCUGGAUUCAAAGACCCCCAACCGGUUCAGUCUCCCCUAACCGGCCGGGUCUGUCCCCAGCGCGCCCUCCGGCCCGGCUGCCAGGCAGUGACCGCGCCCCGGAGCCUCCACCGCACGCCAGUGAGCCACAUCCCGCUCAUCCCCAUCGUGGUGGAGCAGACGGGCCGCGGCGAGAGAGCCUACGACAUUUACUCCCGGCUGCUGCGGGAGAGGAUCGUGUGCGUCAUGGGGCCGAUCGACGAUGGGGUGGCCAGUCUGGUCAUUGCCCAGCUGCUGUUCCUGCAGUCAGAGAGCAACAAGAAGCCGAUCCACAUGUACAUCAACAGCCCCGGUGGUGCCGUGACCUCGGGGCUGGCCAUCUACGACACCAUGCAGUACAUCCUGAACCCCAUCUGCACCUGGUGCGUGGGGCAGGCGGCCAGCAUGGGGUCGCUGCUCCUGGCUGCCGGCUCCCAGGGCAUGAGGCACUCCCUGCCCAACUCCCGCAUCAUGAUCCACCAGCCUUCGGGAGGGGCGCGGGGGCAAGCCACGGACAUCGCCAUCCAAGCCGAGGAGAUCCUGACGCUGAAGAAGCAGAUCAACGGGCUGUACGCCAAGCACACCAAGCAGCCCCUGGAGGUGAUCGAGUCCGCCAUGGAGAGAGAUCGCUACAUGAGCCCCAUGGAAGCCCAGGAGUUCGGGAUCCUGGACAAGGUGCUGGUCCACCCCCCUCAUGACGGGGAGGACGAGCCGGAGCUGGUCCAGAAAGAGCCUUCCCCGCCUUCCUCCUCUUCCUCGGCUGAGCCCUGAGAGCCCUCUGGGCUCGGAUGGGAACCGACAGAGGCGGCUGGGGAUCGUUCCAGCCAGGAGGGAAGAAGCUGGGAGACACCAACCCCUCGAAGCAGAGGGCUGGGGGCGGCAGGGCCCCAUGCUGAGAUUACCCCCCCCC